AUCUAGUUGGUUAAUCGCGCAGGGUCAUAACGCCGUCAAGUUCCAUCUCUGCUUGAAGAGAAAGUAAGUGCUUAAAUUAUCAAGUUAUAAGCCAAAACUACGGUAUUGCUACAUUUAAUUCCACUAAGAACUCUUUAAAUAAAUGUAUCUUUAUUGUUUUAUAGUUUGUACAUGUGGAAAAUUCCCGAAGAGUACUAGAUAAAAGUCGUUAGGUAGAUACGUAGGAAUAAGGCUGAGUAUUAGACACUUAAGUUAGCGUCUUAUUCACAGCCUUCCAGUCUACUGAGGUUAUCAGGUUCCUAUACCGAAACCUGGGCUAGGUCACCCAAGAGCAUUUUCAGUAUUGUGAUAUUUGUAUUUUAGUCGUAAAUAUGCAAGCAUGAGCGAUUCCACUGUUGUUGUUUUUUUCUGUCUGAACAAUAUAACAUCCAGAUGUCCAAUAUAAAUACUUGUCAUAUCUAGAUUAUGAUAGAGGGGGUACAGUUCCCCUUUAAACGUUGUUCCAGAUUUGUGCAACUCUUUUAUAUAUAAAAACGCUAGAGGGUGCAUUGUUAGUGUUUUUUUUUUCUUUUCUUUUGGGCACUAAUUUAAACCCCAAUUAAAAAAUGAAGAAAACCUGUGUUCAAAAUAAUCUCCUGCACCUCUAGCAUAACCUAAACCAGAUCUUACAAAAGUAGGGGGGACUACUAGGGCGUUGGAUCAGGACCUGGCUCAAUGAUACAAGUACAGAAAAAGGAAAAAAAUGUGAAAUCUGACCCUUUAAAAAAUCUAAAACUGUGUUUUUUUAAGUAUGUUGACUCUCUGAGGUAGGUAACCAUGCCCAGAUUUGACAAAUACAUGUAUCAGGACUUGGUUCAGACGAAAUGGGAGGUACAAAUAAGAUACUCACUUCGCUUAAAAGCGUCAUAAAUGGUACACCGUAAAAGUGCCAAUAUUUACUGAAAAACAUUGCCUCUCUUCUCUAAUCGUGCGCCGAAUUUAUUUAAAGGCCGAGUGAUUUAAGCUGCGAGUGAUUUAGUCUUUUAACAAAUCGAUAUAAUGUUGCUUCAACAGUCAGAUAUUUGAAUGGUGUUAGGCAUAUCGACAUUUGUGUGUGUGUGUGUGUGUGGGGGGGCUCAUUGACCAACCGGGGCAACGUCUGUGCGGAAGAACAACACUGGGUAACAAACUUCGACCCAUUCAGGUACGAAAAACCUAAAGUAUCAAGUAUUGAAUGGUAAUAACUAUUUUCUCAAAGAAAAAAUAUUAACAUUUUUAUGUUGCAUGUGUCUAUAUAUUAUCUUUGGUCGAUAUUUUCCAAAUUUGGGAGACGAACAAGUACCAUCGGUAAAACGGCUAGCUAGCCAGCUAAUGCUAACAACACUGGAGCCAAACUGGUAAAACAGCUGACCAGUAUUUUAAUUUGCGUGUUCAACUGCAAGUAUAGACAAUAAAAAACAGCAAUAAUUAAAUAAUUUAUUUAUUUUUUGUUAAAAAAUCUACUGGUGGACAAGCUCAGUAGUAAACAAGUGUUGCUACUGUAGCAGGCUAGCGAGCAGCAUUAUAAACAUCCGCAGGCGCUCCAGCUGUCCACUCCUGUCUGAUUUUAGGAGUAUGUCAGGCUAACACUAGUAUUAAACAAGCUAUUGUUUGAUUGGAAAUAUCGAUGUUUAAAGCACUUCUCUUCCUUCGACAGACUCCAAGAUCAUUGUGUAGCCAGCAUUAUGGAGGAGGAGGAGGCCACUGCAGAUGGGGAGGAAAGCCCCUUUACUGCAGAGACCUACGCAGCUGAAGCCAUGGCUGCAGACAUGGACCCCUGGAUUGUGUUUGACUCCAGGAGAACCCCCAGGUCCGAGUUUGACAGCUGGCUGGAGAGCAACCGGCCAUCACAGGUCUGCAGGUUUGGUGAUGAGGAAGGUGGUGUCAGCCCUGUGGGGUGGAUAGCUGUGCUGGGCAUGAACCACUGCCCAAGUAGUGGGGAUUCAACAGGCCUCCAGGAGAGCUGGGAGAAACUUUUGGCCAGUGGUCGACCAGUCAGCUUCCAGACAGUGAAGGAGCUGGCCUUGAACCACGGUGUGCUCACAGGCAAGUGGCUCAUGCACUUGGACUCUGGCUUCAAGCUGGACCAUGCCUGGGAGUGUGUGGCCAGAGCAGCCCUGGAUGGCAAGAUCUCGCUUGUCAAAGUCAGCCCUCAUAAUCCAAAAGCCGGGGGCAAACAGGUGAUAUGCGCCUAUAACCAAAACUUCACUGAAGAGAACGAGGUUAUAAGGCUGGACUCAGUCAUCCGUGCCACAGGGGUCAAAUGUGCUCUCUCCUACAAGCCAGAUGUGUACACACACCUGGGAAUCUACCGGAACAACCGCUGGAAGCUUUGCCCAACCAUAUAUGAGAGCAAAUUUGACCUGGAGUGCGUUCCCAGGCGUUCCCACAUUGUCAACAAAGUCACAAAUCUUGAAGUAACAUAAGCCUGUGAGGAUAGGCUUAUGUAAAAAAAAAAAAGAAAAAAAAGGAGGCACUAAGCGACACCAUGAGCUGGGUCGUGCAGAACAACUUAAAGACUGAAAUUGAUAAGCAAGUUUGUGAUUGGAUUUUUUAUUUUACCUUGAGUUCUUCCUUUUUUGCAAAAAAAAGCACUACAUCUUGUGACCUGAGGUAUUGUCACAUAUUUUGUAUUUGAUCUCUUAUUCAUGAGAAAUUUGAGUAUUUGUAUUCUUACAGUCUGACCUGUAACACUUACCUGAUGGUCAGGGUGUCUGAAGAGAUCUUUGGUUUGUAUGCAUGGAGGAAAACAAGCAUCCAAUGAAGACUUUCCCUUUGACAGUUUACAUUAGUCUCAUUUGUUUGACUUGAUUUAGGGAGUUUGUGUUUAACCACAAUAACAGAGUUGCCAAAUAAAUUCUACUUUUGAACACCAG